CCUCUCCGGUGGCGGCGCGCGCGGCAGGAUGGAGCCGGCGGCGCUGGAGCGGUUCCACAGCCCGGGAAAGGGCAGCGGCCUCCGCUCCCGCCGGAGGGUGCGGCCCGGAGAGCUGCUCUACCGCGACGUGCCCUUCGCCUACGUCCUCACCAAGGAGCAGCUGGGCAGCGUGUGCGAGUGCUGCCUGCGCAGGAAUGAAAAUCUGCACAGGUGCUCUCAGUGCAAGGUUGCUAAAUACUGUGGUAGAUCUUGUCAGAAAGAAGCUUGGCUGGACCACAAGCAGGAAUGCAAGUGUCUUAAGAGCAUCGAGCCAAAUUUUCCUCCAGACUCUAUCAGACUUGCUGGAAGGAUUGUUUUUAAACUACUCAGACAAUCAGUAUGCCCUUCUGAGAGACUCUACUCUUUUUCCGAUCUUCAGUCAAACACUGAACGGUUAAGUGAAGAAAUGAAAGAUGGCCUCAGGCAGCUUGCACAGACUUUGCAACUGUAUUUGAAAACUGAGAUCCAGGAUGAGUCUCAAUUGCCACCUGCAAUUGACUUUUUUCAGAUCUUCACAAAAGUGACCUGUAACUGUUUCACCAUCAGUAAUGGAGAGAUGCAGGAUGUUGGUGUUGGCCUGUAUCCCAGUAUGUCUUUACUGAACCACAGCUGUGACCCAAACUGCGUGAUUGUUUUUGAAGGAUACCAGCUUUUACUUCACUCUGUCCGAGAGAUCCAGAUUGGUGAAGAGCUCACCAUCAGCUACGUUGAAUCACUGAUGCCUACCAGGGAACGCCAAAAGCAGCUGGUGCGCCAGUAUUGCUUUGAAUGUGAUUGUCCACUCUGCCAGAAUCAAGAGAAGGAUGCUGAGAAAUUGGCCGGUGAAGAGCAUGCCUGGAAAGAAGUCAAAGAUGCUGUAAAUGAAGUGAGAUAUCCAAAAUCAAAAGAAGAGUGGAAGCAUGUUCUGGCAAGAUGCCAGAAUCUCUUGAGGAGCAACAAGGGUCAUCUACCAGAUACAAAUAUCUAUCAGCUGAAAAUGCUUGACUGUGCCAUGGAUGCCUGUAUUAACCUUGAAUCCUGGGAAGAAGCAUUGUAUUAUGGCAGCAGGACUCUGGAACCAUACAGACUGUAUUAUCCUGGCUUCCAUCCACUGAGGGCUGUCCAGCUGAUGCGAGUGGGCAAACUGCAGUACAGUCAAGGCAUGGUUCCUCAGGCACUGGAAACCUUGAAACAGGCCUAUAAUAUUAUGAAGGUGACCCAUGGGACAGAUCACAGCCUGAUGAAAGUCUUGAUGGAGAUAAAGGAAGAGUGUGAGGCCAUGAUGAGAAUACAGUGAAGAUUAUCUCUAGUAUGGAAAACAAAGUAUUCAAGGACAAAGAUGUUUUUUAUUGAAUUGUGAAGCUUC